UACCUUCUACCACUGAUCAAUUCCCCACCUCCCCCCUAAAAAAAAUAAUAAAUAAUCAAAAUAAAACCCCUCCCCAAUUCAAAAGACCAACGAAAUGAAUAAACGCACUCAUCAGUGAAUGAAUGCAAAAUAUAUUCGAGACUGAUUAAAAUUUUUGUUUUAAACAAACAACAGAGAAACAACGGCUGCAGAUAAAACCACGUAAUAAAUCCCGCGAUUAAAUUAAAGAUAGGAAAUUUUUACGUUUUUGUUUUUACGUUCUUGAGUGAAUUUUUCAUAAAUUUCAUGUGACAGUUCAUUGGGGUGUGCAAAGAGCCCCUUCCAGUGUCAUAUUUCAUGACAGAGUGUGAAAAACGAGCGAAAUAUAUCGAGUGAUCAAUCAAGAUUGCUCGAUAAUUAGCCUUGAGGCAAUCGAACUAAUGAGUGACACCGACUGUGAGGAUAAACAUGUGCAUGCAAAGGUGUAGAUUACGUGUUGAGAUGUGAGAGGUGUUGGACAUUUCAAAGGCACAACUCCACCUUGAUUGAACGUAGAUAAUUCCCAUUGGCAAUAAUUCAGAGAUCGCUAAAAACCAGAGAGCGAUAGAGAAUGUGGUCAUGGUGAUUGGCCGAAAAAUAAACUAAAAUGUAGUAAUGAUUGAAUGGCUAUUUAUGGAGGUCGUUUGAUGUACCAAUUUAUUGUUGGCAUUACGACCCCGAGGAUAACGAGAAUGGCCAUGACCUCAGGAACUAAUAAGUGGGCUUCGAGGGUUGUGGUGAUCCUUCAACUAGCAGCAUGGAGUGCUGUUGGUAUUGUGCUGCUCCAGAAAGGAGUUACGUCAUUGCAAAAAAAACCACCUGAUAGCAACAAUGUCACGCAGACAACAACUCUGAGUUCUUCAAAUUUCCACGGGCACUCGGGUCUGGCAGUGAUUCCCAUUAUCGAGGAGAAUCCCCACAGCCAGGAGUCCCGCAAAAACGUGGAUAAGUCCCCCUGGAAGGUGCCCCUGGAGCCUGAGGACGAGCCCCGGGUCCUGGAGUCCAUCGAGUCCCCAAAGGACGAGGAAUCGACAAAAAAACCCCAGAAAAUAUCGAAGAAACCCCCGAAAUGGAGUGAAAUCGAUCUCUUCCCCAUUCCCACACCGAGAUAUUCUCUACCCGAGCCCGAGAGACACCCCGACAAGACUGAAGAGAUGAUCACUGACAAAGUACCAGCAUCAUCAACACCACCAGCAACAACAAAAUCAGGAAUGUGGGAGUCACGACGUAGAGUGAGAUUGUCACAUCUGAGUGGAGGUGGUGCAGCAGCAGCUGUUGCUAUGGUAGCAGUUGGUGCUGUGAUGCUGGUACUUGGUCCAGCUGUUAUUGUACUUCGUGCACUAGACGAGAGACGACAGGAGAGACGAUUCCUGAAAUUAUCAGGACGCGAUGAUCUACCACCAACUUACGAGCAGGCAACAUUGAUGGAUGAAGCACCGCGUUAUUCCAGUCUCAGUUUGAAUACCAUCCUUGGACCACCACCACCACCAUCACCCACCCCAGCACGUGUGCACUUGGUGUGAGGAUUUUUUUAGAACGAGAAAGUGAAUUUUUCAAGCCUCGAAGACUGAGUUCUGUGGUAAAACCGCGUUAACUCCACUCCGUGGGUUUUUUUUGGGAAUAUCUCCCAAACUAUGGGACACAGCGAAAUUUUCGUAAUUACCUUUUCUGCAGGGUCGUUUGAAAACUGUAAAAAAGGUUAUAACAAAAAUUUCGAUAUCUCCUCUAGUUUUGGUAAUAUUUACCGAAAUUUAUUCGACUUGUUUCGUUCUAGCACUUGACUGCAGAAUUAGUCUGUUAAUGAGUGAUUCUAGAGGAAAAUGUCGUUUUAGCUGACAAUUUCAAAGUGUUCUUACGUUAAAAACAUUGAGAAAUAAUUGCUGUGCUCGCAUGAAAAAGCAUUUUAAUAGAGUGAUUCGUUGAGUCAUCAGAAUCUCCGUCCAAAUACGAACCAAAAAGAGAAAAUUGGAGCAAGAGUUUGGGUACUCGAGUGAAUUAAAGACUUCAAAUUGAUUAAGCAAUGAAAAUUGAAAAAGAAAAAUUGAUAAACCCCAAGUGACUGAGGUGGUGGUCUGUGAUGAGAGUGACUUGACUCCGGGCCUUUACCACAACCCGUCGAGGGCAAUUAUCCUUAAUUGACCGGGAAUUGACCCCGUCGAACUCUCCUAUCGUCGCCGCUCGUGAAUUACAAUUAUUAUUGCAUUUGUAUCGUGUUUAUGAAUGUACAAAUCGAAUAAUUGAAUUGUUCCGAUAAUUAGAAAAUGUUAAUAUUGAGAAUUCAUUGACUAAAUUUUGGAGAGGGAAAGAAGUGAUGAAACGAUAUUAUUUCAUAACUCAAAAACAGCUAAACAUAAUUAAAGAUAAUUAAACACUUGACAAUUGAGAUUCAUUUGGAAUAAAAUUCCAUAUUUCUGAUUGAGCCCAGCUUUCUGAUUGUCUUUUAAUUAUAAAAAAAGAACGAAUCAUCAAAUGAUUGGAAUCGUGUGGAUUUUUCCCUCUCCACCAGUCAAUGAUUCCAAUGAUCAAUAAUCAAUACCACAUUAAUGGCUAUAUCCCCACAAAUAAUGAAAACCGAGUCAUUCAGGGUAGCGCAGUAGUUCUUGUGUGAUCAUGAGUUAUAAUAAAAUGUUAAUUCGACUGAUGCGAGUGACUGGUAUUCAAUGAAUUGCCAUCAAAUCACCCAACGUCACCGAUGAAUAUUCCAACAUCAUUAACAAUGAUUGAUAAUUGUAAAUACGACUAAUGUAACUUUAUAUAUUUAUAAAAAAUGACAUGUAGAAAGAGGAAUAAAGAUAGUGAUAAAUUUGAGUAUAACCGACUCGUUUUAAUCAGCUUGUGUUUGAUUGAUAAGACAAUCAGCUGAUAACUGUCAAAUACGUCAGCUCUUUGGUGAAUUCGAUACUUGAGGAAUGAAUUAAUAUCGAGACGAGUGAAUGGUAUUUGGAUGCAAUGAGGCUGUGGUAAAAGCCAAGGUCUUCAAUGUUUGCUUGUGGUACCGUGAGAUGGCUGACAACGAAUCAAGCUGAAAUGGACAGGACAGAAGCUGCUCCCCUGACCAGUGAAAGAAGAUACGGCAUUUUCAGAACAGGACUAGCAGCUGCACUAGUGUUAAUUAUCGUUGUUGCGGCUGCUGGUAUUGCUCUUUUAUUCGGAAUAAGAAAUGCAACAAUUUUACUGGGGAUUCUAUUGCCACUUAUGGUACUGAGUGCAGUAAUUGCGCACCUGUGGCUCUGGUUGCUGCACAAACGUGCCGCAAAGAGACGAGAAA